AUGGCGCCGGGGGAUAGCAUUGUGUGUGAAUUUAUGCUUGGGGCUUUAUUGUUCAAACAUGCGUCUUAUAUUUUGGACAGGGAAAUAGGUGAAGCAGGAACUGCAGGAAAGAGGAAUAUAGAGCAAAUGGAUGAGUAUAUUAGAUGUAUGGUAGUGAAUGUAUUUAUAAAGAUUAUAUUAGGAGAAGAAUGUUGGGACACCACGGGCGCGGAAUAUGCAUAUGACGCAAUAGAAGGUAUGUUAGAGGGAAGUACAAAUAGACACGGGAAUAAUAUAUGUGACAGCGUAGACUUCACUAUCACGAAAGUGGUAGGUCGAAAUUUAGCGCACCAAAUGAGAAUGUGGUGGCAGAAACAACAAAUAGCACCGGCUACAGGCCAAGAUGUGGGGAUCUUGAACAGCAAGUGUAAAGGAUGGAGGGAGAAAGGAACAGAAGGCGGUGGAACGCAUACACUGAAUGAGUUAAAGCCGCAACUCAAGGAACAGUUGCACGACAGGUUGCACAAAUCACAGGCAACAAUCGAGACCACAGUGGAGACAAAAUUGACAGAAAUAAAACGGGACGGAAAACCCCCUGCCACACCGGCCACGGCGGCUACGCAGCCGCCUGGACCACCAGUACCACCAGGAACGACACCGGCAGAUGCAGGAGGAGGACACCAGAAAGGGCAGAAGCCGUCGGCACCAUCAGCAGGAGAGACCACACCAGGGACAUCGCAGGAUGACACAGGUGAGGCCGCGUGUAAGGAAAAUCUUGGGAAGGGCCCACAGACAUUGGGUUCAGUAAUUAUAAGUCCCGCAUGCACAUCGGGCGAAGCCUUAGGAAAAAAACCGGGUCUUACGGACAAAGCGAACUCACAACCCACGACGCAUGAUAAUGAUAAAGAUUCUACUGAGAACACUCCUACACCCCCCGUAGCAGACCCAGCUGCAGGAAAACCAUCAGCAUCAACACCAACAGCUCCAUCCGGUGACUCCGGUGCAAAGGGUACAAACGGUGCUUCCGGUUCACCAGCGCAGGACGGUGAACCCGGUCCUUCCGGUCCCACAGGUGAAAAAGGAGAAGCCGGUAACAGUAGUGGGCAUGCCGUCGUCGAUGGCGGUAACGAUGACCCCCCUCCUCUCAAUCCACCCAAACCAAAACCGAAUCCGAACCCAAAUCAAUCGGGUAGUACUGCCGUCAGCAGCGGCGAACAAUCCUCAGGAGGUGCUGCAAGUGGUGCUUCUGGCGGGGAAGGUAAAGCCGGAGGUGCGGGUGGUCCAAAGGAUGGUGGACCAGGUGCUGGCGUUGGUGCUGGUACGGGUGGUAGUAGUGGUGGUGGUGCAGGCGGUGGAGCAGGUGGUAGCGGCACUGAAGUUGGCACCCCUUCCGUUGCGCCCGGCCUUAGAUGGGAAGAUGUCAAGUGGUACACCCCCGCCAUCAUUCCCGCGGUGGUUGGUAUUGGGCUCAUUGCGUUCUUCCUAUGGAAGUAUUUUGCGUACCUCGCCAAACGACGACGAACAUAUCGAACCGUUCGUGACGUGCCGUCACCGCCACUCGACGAAGAAAUUCUAGACCAUCUACAACGCGGCGAACUGCCGCCACCCGAUUACGGUUACACCUUGAUUAGGGAUCGGCAACCUUCGUCAAUAUCCGGUAGCGCACGCCCACCACGCGUGCAUAAGGGCACGAUCAUCGAACUACACUUAGAAGUGCUCAACGAAUGUGAAGUGACCGAAUGGCAAAACGUCAAAGACGACUAUUUGCACAUACUCGUUGAAGAGUUCAUGUGGGGCAACAACGGACAUAGUAGUUCCUUGGAUGCUCCUACCACAAACGAGGGUUUAUCAGGGACCAAUGUUGCCUCCACCGUGGAUCCAUCCACUGACUCGGACGCAUCUCCACCACAUGAAGAUGACCCAUGGAGUCGUAUGCAAACUAUACCGUUAGCAACGGACCGUUCUCCACCGAAUGAAGACGACCCCGAUCCAUGGCGUUGUAUGGAAACAAUACAGUUAGAACCGGAUCCUUGUCCCCAUAAUGAAGAUGACCCAUGGAGUUUCGAUAAUGCUGCUUCUGUCGUUCUUCACUGCUGCGCAAGUAGCAAUCAAAUGUUCGAUAAAACGAGCAAAAGUUAA